GUAAUAAAACAAAAUCGAAGAAUUAUUAACAAUUUUAAGAUCGUAGAUAAGGUCUAAUCGUGAUUAUAGAGUUGCGUUGUCGUCGUCGUCGUUGUCGUCGUCGCCGCCGCCGCCGUUGUCAUCGCGUAGGAAGCUGGUGCGCAAGGACGAAAAAGGGAAGUAGAGGGGGGAAGAAAAGGGUAUUUCUCCGUCUUGAACUACUACUAUAUAGUAGUUGGGCGCGCGUGCACGUAGAAACCGAAUAGGGUGCAGAGUGGGGGUUGAGAAUUGACGACUACAGCGCCAGUGGUGAUACGAAACGGACGAACGACAGAGGCAGCGUGGUAGUAGCGGUGGUGGAGUUGGUGGAGUUGGAGUAGUGGUAUGGUGGUGGUGUUAGUGGUAGGUAGUAGUGGUGGUGGUGGCUGCCGGCAGGCAAGCAGGCAGGCAAGCAAGCAAGCAAGCAUCAGAAGCGGACAGCCAACGGCAGUAGCUAAGAAGCAAUCGCGCGUGAGGAGGUGCACACUCCGUAUACGCUCUUAUGACGAGAGGUGAUGAAUAGACGUCGCCGUACUUAUUCUUAUUCUUAUUCUUCUUCUUCUUCUUCUACUCGUGUUGUUGUAUUUAUUGGUUUUAACGAUCACCGGAAUAUUAUUAAGAACAACGAUAUUAACGUUAUUACGGAAAUAAUACAAAGUGAUAAUCGUCGUGCGCGUCGUCGUCGGCGUCGUCAUCGUCAUCAACAGCAACAACAACAACAACAACCACAGUGUAAUAGUCAACGAUGACGACAAUCCUACUCGCGGACAAAUCGUCGUGUUCUCUUCGUAAGAAAAUAGGAAAUGCUUGUUUUUGUGCUCGAUGUUGUUAUCUUCGUGCAUCGUCUUCAUCUUACAAGGAUAAUACGACGAUCUCCUUAUCAUUCUUCCAGACACAACAUUUAGUUAAAGAAUUGUUGGAAGACAUUUGAACGUUCCUACUCGUCAACUACGCGAAAACUCGAUAUUUUUUCAAGAGUCGGUACCUAAAUAAUUAUCAAAAACGGCGGCUAUCGGCGUCGGGGUGCAACCUGUGUUAUCAUCCGGCUAUCAUAACACAGUGCCACCUCAGAGCGGGGGUGGUGGUUCGACAUUUAGUGCCGCGGCGAUGGUGGCAGCUGCCACCGCUACGGCCACCGCCACAGCUAGCGUGGUGGCCAUGCAGGACCGCCAAGAUAUCCCCGCACAAUUCAAUCAGAUGCAAAGUCAACAUGGGAUACCACCCCCCCAUCAAGCGUACAACACUGGGUACGCCCAAAGAGGACCAAUGGCUGGAAUGGGGCCACUUGGAGUGAGCAAUUUUAACGGCAUGGGCGCCAUGAGCCCAAUGCAUUCUAUGAAUUCCAUGAAUUCGAUGAACAGUAUGAGUGGGAUGAACUCGACAAUGAAUCCUAUGACACUGGGAAGCAUGAACAGCAUGAACGGCAUGAACGGUAUGAACAAUAUGAACGGUAUGAACCCCAUGAGCUCCAUGAGUAACAUGGGUACUAUGGGAAUGAACAACAUGAUGGGACCUAACAGCAUGCAGAUGAAUAAGAUGAACAUGCAGGCGCAGUCUCAUCAAGGAUAUCCAAGAAGACUAAAUCCAUAUCCUUCACCAGCCAUGCAUAUGGCGCAAAAGAGGCAGCAGCAAGCUCCUUACGCCAAUACUAAUCCUGCAGCGAUACAGCAGCAAGGCUUUACCCCCAUGUCGACGACACAGUAUCCAAAUAAUUAUCCGGCUACGGCAAGACCAAACUUCCAGCCACAGUAUCAACCGAUGCAAGGCAUGAAUUCCGCCGCGGCUGGUUUUCCACCCAAUUCUAUGAUACGUGGGGCGAACAUGAGGCAAACGACGCCAUCGUAUAAUACGGCGUCGCAGGCAGCAGCAGCAAGCCAAUAUUUCAAUAGCAAUGUACCAGUUAGUAUGGGACCUACUACUGUAGGGAACCAAUACAUUGGUCAUCAACAAAAUGCAGCUUACGGUGGUGGACAAUCUCCGUAUGUAGGUGCUGCUGCUGUCGCUGCUGCAACCACAAGUCAGUACCAACAGGAUGUGGCGCCGAUGAGAACGACGGGAGCAGCGAACAUGAACUAUCAGCAUAGUCCUAUACCUGGAAAUCCAACUCCCCCAUUAACACCAGCGACAAGCAUGCCACCUUACAUUAGUCCAAAUCCGGACAUCAAACCAAAUUUCAAUGAAAUCAAAUCGCCUGUCAAUAUACAAAAAGACGAUGAGUUAAGAUUAACAUUCCCUGUUAGAGACGGUAUCAUUCUUCCACCAUUUCGCUUAGAACAUAAUUUGGCUGUAAGCAAUCACGUGUUCCAACUUAAAUCAACGGUACAUCAAACGUUAAUGUGGCGAUCUGACCUGGAACUACAGCUUAAAUGUUUCCAUCACGAAGAUAGGCAGAUGAACACGAAUUGGCCCGCAAGCGUUCAGGUUUCUGUCAAUGCAACGCCACUUGGUAUUGAUCGUGGUGAGAACAAAGCAGCCCACAAGCCUCUUUAUUUAAAAGACGUGUGCCAACCGGGAAGAAAUACUAUACAGAUUACAGUAUCCGCAUGCUGUUGUUCGCAUCUAUUUGUUCUCCAAUUAGUUCAUCGACCAAGCGUACGUAGCGUUCUGCAAGGUUUAUUGCGCAAAAGAUUACUAACUGCAGAACAUUGCAUAUCUAAAAUCAAAAGAAACUUUAAUAAUACGAUCUCGAGUAAUGGCAUUCAAUCUGAGAAGGAUGUCGUGGAGCAAACAGCACUUAAGGUAAGAAUGGUAUCUUUAAAAUGUCCUAUUACCUUCAAACGCAUAACACUGCCAGCGAGGGGACACGAUUGCAAACAUAUACAAUGUUUCGACUUGGAGUCUUACUUACAAUUAAAUUGCGAACGAGGUUCAUGGAGGUGUCCUGUUUGCACAAAAGGAGCUCAAUUAGAAGGUUUAGAAGUUGAUCAAUAUGUAUGGGGUAUUUUAAAUACUUUGAAUGUAGCAGAGGUAGACGAAGUAACGAUAGAUUCAGCGGCUAAUUGGAAACCAGCUAAGAAUUUAGCUAACAUUAAGUCGGAAGAGGAAAACGAUUGUAAAAGAAUGACGAAAGCAAUGUCACCUGGAAGUAUGAAUAUGCCUACUAUGAAUAAUUGGGAUAUGAACCAUCAAGCUAUGAGUCCCUAUUUACCUCCGGACAUGAACAGCAUAGUAAGCGGUUCGAUGAUGAACAACACUUCGUCCACAUACGGGAAUAAUAAUAUCAAUAGCAAUAUCAAUAAUAAUAUCAAUCACCGAAAUUCAUCUGGUGGAUCAUUUGAUAUUAAUCCUGGGACGAAUAAUACAACCAACAACGAUUACAAUAAUGGAACGGGACCUCUUACUCAUUUGAACGAAUCUGUGAAUUCGUUGGAUCCUCUUAAUGCUAUGGAAAAAUCGUUAAAUGAUCAGAUGCCGCACACUCCACACACGCCUCAUACACCUCACACACCACACACACCGGGUGGUGGUAACAGUGGUCCACCAAGUGUUCCUCCUGCGUCUCAGGAAUCUACAGGAAAUCAUAACACGUCUGGUAGUACGAGUACAAAUAUAAAUAACGAUACCGCGGAUAUACCGUCAGACUUAAAUUUCGAUCCAGCUGCAGUUAUAGAUGGUGAAGGUACUGGUCAAGAAGGAUUGAAUCUCUUGCCGGACAAUGUCGUAGAUGCAAUGGAGCUGCUUUCAUAUUUAGAAACGCCGGAUUUAAAUACUCCCCCUAGUAGUGGAGCAAGCAGCGGAAAUCCCUCAUCUAGCGACGACAUAUUGGCACUUUUUGAAUAAAAUCUCAAGGAACGAACUGUAUUACUUCGUAAUGAAAUCAAAUAAUGAUCCCGAAAUCACAGGGGGGUUAUGCGAUCAUCAGAUUAGCAUCCUACUGAGAAUAAUUAACAAUUAUUUCGAUUUCUAUAUGACGAUAAUCGUGUUUGAGGGAUAUAAGCAAAUGUGUUGGAUAUUCACAGUGGGUGCUCUCACCUAAUCAAUGGUACAAACAAUUUUAGCUCUAAUUGUAAUAAUUCCUAUUGAAAUGAGUUAAGGCAUAUGACUAGGGUAAUGACGACUUUUAACAUUAGUAGUACAGCAAACACACGAUAAUUAGUGCUUGUUUGUAAAGAUUUUAUUGCAUGGAUGGCAGGCACAAUAGACGACGACGACGACGACGACGACGACGACGACUUAUAUUAAGAUAUGUGUUAGUUUUAAUGAGUAAAUGUUACAUUAUAAUUUAUCGGUCAAAAAUUAUUCUAAUCGAUUUAAAUUCAAUUAAACAACAUAAUAUUUACAGAAAUCCAAUAAGGAUUUUAUAAAGGAUGACACAUUUAAGGAGGGUGGGGGGGAGGGGAGUAUCUUUUUCUGUUUAAGAAUUUAAAUCGAAACAUUUGCUCAUUAGAACACACACACACACACACACACAUGGAGUGCCACUUCAAACAUUUUGAAGUUUCCCUGCAUUAUCGUCUUUACGUAAAAGAUCGGUCUACUCGCGUUCAAGGCUAUGAUGGACCUACAUCACAACAGAACUAUAAUAUAAAUGUACAAUACCUCUUGUAAAUAAGUUUUAAUCCAAUUAGGUGAUACGUUCAUCUGUUGUGAACUACCCUGCUUAUUAAUGGAUAUAGCGCAUAUAGUGUUCCUUUCCAUUAGAUAAAUAGUAGAGUAUUCAUGGGAAUGAAUAAUUGAGGGGAUAUUGGGCUUCACACUGGAGAUGUAGACGAUGUACAUUCUUCAAGAUGUAUCUCCUGAGAAAA